AACAGUAAGCCAUAACCUAACUUUCUCUUUUACAAUCUACAUUUAUUUUUUUUAAAGAGUACUUUAGAGUUUAGACGUUUUUUUUUAAAGAAAGUUUUAAAAGUGCCUUUCUUAUGAGAUCCGGCCAAAAUGUCGAAAGAUGCGGAAUUUCAAAGUAGUUUUAACAAAAGCUUGGAGCCAGAAGUUGAAACCUCAGGUUUACCCUUGUCCCCAGUGUUAGGUUCCGGACAAAACAUUAGAAGGAUUGUGAAGAAACGAAAGAAGGAAAAACACAACGUGAGCCUCGUUCAGAAGCAGGAAAAUGAUUUAAAGGAAUCUUUUGAAACCAGUGAAGUCGAACCCGAACAGAGUUAUUAUUCAGGCUUCAAUGUGUUAGACAAUUCUAAAAAAGAUAUUUCUAUCAGCUCACAAUCAUGUAUUGAUGAAGAGAAUAUUUUAUUUAAGAUUAGGAACUUAGAGAAGUUAGAGCAUCAAAGGAAAUUGAUUGUUCAGCAAAUGAGCAAAAGGCAAAAUAGCUCAUUUCAAGCUAAUAAUAAAUUACAAGAAACAGUUCAAAAAACUAUAUUUAAUAAAAAUAAUAAUUCAAAUAAUGUUUUUAAAAUAGAUUUAAUGCAGGGGUUUGUGACUGGAAGUGGUAAUAGUCUUGACAUUUCCUCAACAGCUUUAGAAGAGUCGAAAAAGUUAUUUCGUGAUAUACUUGAUCCAUUAAAAAAUCAUACUAGAAGGGAAAACAAAUACAAUUAUUUGAGCAAAAGCAGUUUAAAUAAUAGUAGUGUAAAUAAAUCUGGAAAUUGUCAGAAAAUGUUGACUCCAAUUUUAGAGUCACCCAAACAAAGUGGAUUUAUGAUAAAUGAAAAAAUUAGUCCCAUCAAUGAAUUACAUGAAAUAGAUCUGAAUAAUUUGAAUGUAAGUCCAACAAAUAAUAUUAAUAAUGCAUUAACAAAAGAGCAGAAAUCUCCAAAACUUUUUGUGGAUAAACACAUUCCAGAUGUGGAGUUAAAAAAAAGUGAUUGUUUUAAAAGACUUUCAAACAAUAAUAUGACCAAGAAAAUUAGUUCAGAUAAAACUCUUAAGAAAAAAACAUCCAAUGUUUUAAUAAAUAUUUUUGAAAAUGAAGAUUUCAGUGAUCUUAAUUUAAAUAAGGAUAGUAUUUGUGGUUUCAACUCUGCCUUACAUAGUUUAGGGCCUCAGGCAUUACAAGACUCAAAAUUAGAAUUUAAUAAGCAAGAAUUUGUACAUACAUUGACACAUGCUGACACUAAAGCUAAUUCCAAAAAUUUGAAAAAUAUAUUCAAUGAAGAUUUUAGUGACCUUAACUGGAAAGAACAGAGUUGUGCUGGUUUUAAAUCUGCUUCAGAUAAUUUAGACCCCAUCAAUUUACAAAAAGUAAAAUCAAUAUCAAAGGAACAAAAAGAUAAAUUAGUGGACAAACACAUGUUCUUUGAAGGGGAAACUUUUUCUGAUUUGAUAUCUGAUUCAAAUUGUGGAUUUAUAUCUGCCCUUGAAUAUCCCAAGGAUCAACCUUUGAUCUGUGGCCCUACAACAAAUUCUUGCAGCAAUGGUGACAAUCAGUACAUGGAGGCAAAUCCACCUGAAAAUCCAAAUGCGAACAAAACUAUAAUUGAUGUAAGAGAUAACACAAAAAUAACAAGAAAGAUCUUUGAAAGGGAAGUCUUUGAUGAUUUAGACAUUUCUGAAAUAUGUUAUGGAAGAAAGGAUUUAUUACCUAAGAAGCCAGCACUCAGUAUACCAUUUAUAAGCCCCAUACUAACUUCAAAUAAGGUUCAGGGCGAAUUAGAAAAUUUUGUGGGAUUUUCUGUUGUAACACAGCAAUUGUCGCAGAACAUUUCUAACGACUAUUUUAAACUUCUUGAGGUUUUAAAAAAAAGGAAUAGUGAAUCUCUGCACAGUUCUUUAAAUGAUUUAUCAAACUCAAUAAAUAAUAAUAAACAAUCGCUAAAUAAUGAAUUAAUAAGAAUAACUUCCAAAAAACGUGCUUUUUCUGAAAUGAAUACUAGCAAUAAUACUUUCACUCCAGUGGCAAAGAGAAAAAGACUAGGCGCAAAAUUUCCCUCUACUAUACAUGUUUCACAGGCAGGCUUAAGCAAAGCAAAACAACUAUUUAAGGAUAUUUUACCACAACCUUUAGAAACAUCAACACCUUUAAAAUCUGCUAACAAUGCAAGUAAACCUGUUACGUGCGAGUUGACUCCAAUACCUGCUUAUUUAAAGAACUCGAGCCGUUUAAAUCUUAGUUAUUCUCAGCCAGUCGAAGUUACGGAGUACUCAAUAAUUGACACCAUUCAUAAAUUGACAUUAAAUAAACCGACGGAAGGAGAUCUAAGCACUUGGAUAAAUAAUUUAGACAAUGAACGACGUAUUUUGGAGGAAAAAUUAAGGAUUAUAAAUGAGAAACAAGAUAUUUUGGUUAGUCAGAAAAAUAUGUUGGAUCAAUCAGGAAAAGUUAAAGCUAGAAUUAUACCUGGAGUAUUGCUGAAAUCCAAGACCAAUAGGAAAACAGUAAAUUUUCGAGAAUUCGUAAUUGAAAGAAAUACCGAGUUAUCCCAUAAUGAUAAUGUUCUGGGUCAAAUUAAUCCUGAAAAUGCGCAUUUAAUCCAUUUCAGUGUAGCUGAUAAAAGCACAUCUCAUAUUAAGACGCUUGAUGGCGCCAUAAUAGUCCCGAACACGGAUCAUAAAGUUGGUUUGUCAGAAAUUGAACAUAGUUUUACACUUAUGGAUGGAGUCGAUCUAAACCUGAUACCUAACGGUUGGAUUAGGAACCACUUUAAAUGGAUAGUUUGGAAGUUGGCUAGUUAUGAUCGAAUAUUUGUUCGCAAGCAGUGUACACUUGAUAGUUUGUGCAUAGAAAAUAUUGUACAACAGCUAAAAUAUAGGUAUGACAUCGAAAUAGAUCAAGCCCAGAGAUCAGUUUUAAGAAAAAUUUUGGAGAUGGAUGAAUCACCUCAAAAGCGAAUGGUUUUAUGCGUUUCCAAAAUUGCCAAGACAAACUUUAACACAUACGAAUUAGAGCUCACCGACGGUUGGUAUGCAAUUAGAACUGUCAUCGAUCAUCUCCUUUGUGAUCAAGUGACUAAAGGAAAAAUUAAAUUGGGCACAAAAUUAAUGAUUUAUGGUGCUGAAAUUGUGAAUUGCCAGGGAUGUUAUCCUCUAGAGGCUCCAGAAAAUGUUUAUUUAAAGAUAAAUUAUAAUGCGACAAGACGGGCGGUAUGGUGGUGUAAAUUGGGAUGUCAAAAAUUUUCUGGACCUUUUCUAAUUCCUAUGUCUAGUAUUCAUCUUGCCGGUGGCAAAAUUGGAUGUAUUAAAUGUUACAUUUUGAGAAUUUACCCGAUAAAAUAUUUGGAAAAGUGUGGGAAUGAAAAUGUCUGGAGAAAUGAAAAAGCAGAAGAGCGACAAGCUGAAGCCUACCAAAAUGCAUGCUCGAGUAAUACCCGAAGUAGAAACCAAGAAACUGUACGGGAUAUAAAGAACAUUACUAAUCCAGAACAGCUUUACAAUAUGUUACAACAGACCCAGGAUGUUGAAAGUUUUCAGGAAAUCAUGUCCGCUACGCAAAAAUCCGCGGUCUACCAGUACAGCAUUUGUAAAUCUUUUAAUAAUUCUAAAUCGGUUCAAAGCAGAAACGUGACACCAGUUUUGAAAAUGAAGAUUUCGAAUGUAGAAGGUGAACCCACCAAGAUCUUGGACUUUUUUGUAUGGAGACCGACCGAGGAACAUUUGUUGGAGCUUAGAGAAGAUGAAGUAGUUACUAUCUAUGACCUAUCUUGCAGUGGAAAAUGGGGCCUAAGUGCUAAUAAAACUACGAUAUUCCGGCGUGAUAAAAAACCAAAGGACGAUGCAUUAAAAAAGUUUACGCGAAAAGUCACGAGCAUCUCAAGAUUAACAACUUUUUCUCGAGACAGUUGCCUUAAUGAAUUUGAUACCGUGGGGCUGGUUGUGAAGAAAAUGAUUAGGGAGGAUCUUCAACAAGUUUGGAUGACAGACACUCAUCAAAGUCUUCUUCUUGUAAGGAUUACCGAAGGUCCGAAGACUGUACUGGUGCUGGAUAAUGUGACCGAGGGUGAAACAGUCUCAGUGUGUAAUUUGCAGUUUAAACAUGCCUAUAAAACACAUACUGUCUCUGAAGGAGACCAUUUUAUUACUUUUAGUAAAUACCCGAAAUAUUUGCAUCUUAAAGACGCCUUGGAAGUGUUAAAUACCGAGUUGGCUACUUUAAAGAAAGAUGAGCUUAUACAGAAGUGCUUAGACAAAAUAUCAAAUCUGGACGUUAAUGGUGACAAUAAGCAAAUACAGUCUCCUCUGGAUACGGAUGAAAUGGAAAGUUCGCAAAUUACUAGUACCGAUAUAGCUUUGUUAGAAUGUAUAGAUAGAAUUAUAUAAUUGUAUAAUUCC